CCGGGGCUUCUCCUGGAACCUGCUCCUCAAAUAUAAAGCGCUCCCCCAUCCACCAGGAAAGACUGAAUCAUAACUCACAAGGAGGAGCCGCUGCCUGAGCAUAUCUGUGCUUUCUCCUAAAAGCAGCACUGACAUCUGUAGCCUGUAGCUCUAGUAAUCUAGUCAGUGUGAACACCGCGGGGUUUAUUUAAAAAAAAGAAGAAGAAGAUAAAGAAAGAGCAGUUUCUGUAGCUUUUUAAUCAGCCUCGAGUGUACCUCCACAGAAAACGCAACUUGUCAGUGACAGUGAGAAGCGCAUCUUAAGUUUGGAGAGGAGAGAGCGCGCAGAUGGCCGCCCUCAUCAGCGCGUACUCGUCAUGGCCAGAGUCCUUCGAGUGUCCUCCAGGAGACGGGGACGUGCCCGACGGACAUGGCCCGCACAGGACCCCCGUGGACAAGGCGCCGGAGCCGCGGAUCAGACGGCCCAUGAACGCGUUCAUGGUGUGGGCCAAAGAUGAGCGCAAACGGCUGGCCGUUCAAAAUCCAGACCUGCACAAUGCCGAGCUCAGCAAAAUGUUGGGAAAGUCAUGGAAGGCCCUAACUCCCCCUGAUAAGAGGCCCUAUGUCGAGGAAGCAGAAAGGCUUCGGGUGCAGCACAUGCAGGACUACCCCAACUAUAAGUAUCGGCCUCGCCGCAAGAAACAGCUGAAACGCAUCUGCAAACGAGUGGACCCUGGCUUCCUCCUGAGCGGGCUGACCCCUGAUCAGAACGCCCUGCCCGAACAGCGAGUCCUCUGUCACCCCCUCAACAAAGACGAGGGCAGCCCUAAUGGUAUCAGAAGUGGGUUCUCCAGCCCCAGCCCUGCUCUGCCCAGCGUCAGAAGCUUCAGAGACCCAGCCGGUUCCAACAGCAGCUUUGACACCUACCCCUACGGCCUGCCCACUCCCCCUGAGAUGUCCCCAUUAGAUGCCAUGGACCACGAGCAUGUACCCCCCUCUUAUUAUUCAACAUCUGGUAGCUCCUCCUGCUCUUCCUCCUGCCCAGAUGAGCACCACCAGAAUCAGACACACAUGGGCAGCCCACCCCCUUACCACACUGACUACACUCAGACCCAAAUCCACUGUGGGGGUGCACACAUAGGUCACAUCUCUCACAUGUCCCAAACUGGUGGCGGUGGACUGAUCCAUGGUCCUCCGCUGUCUUACUACAGUACCUCAUCUUUCCACCAGAUUCACCAUGGGCUCCACCAGGGCCAACUGGGUCAGCUGUCCCCCCCACCAGAGACACAGGGUCACCUGGAGACACUAGACCAGCUGAGCCAGGCAGAGCUUCUGGGUGAGGUGGACCGCGAUGAGUUUGACCAGUACCUGAACUCCACUGGGACCGGGUUCCAUCCUGAGCAGGGCAGCAGUAUGACCGUUACAGGACACAUCCAGGUGGCGUCGGCCGCCACUGCUUCUGCCACUGCCUGUCCCACCAGCACCACAGAAACCAGCCUCAUUUCUGUGCUAGCGGACGCAACAGCGGCCUACUACAACAACUAUGGCAUCUCAUAAGCUUGGUCACAGCACCCGUUACACUUGUGGCUGAUCAGAGACACUACAGGGGUUAAAAUAGGUGAAGAAAUUUGGGAUAAUGUUGCACUUGGGUGCCAGUAAGGGAAAGCUUUCUAUGCUCUCAUCUGUAAUUUUUUAAAUCCCGUAUUAGCAUCUGUUAGCAACAUGAUCCCACCAUGAUUAAAACCUGAACUGAUUACGGAGCAAUAUGAUUGUCUGGAGCCGAGGAAAAAACAAAGAGCAAUUGGAGGAAUACGAAGAAAGGGAGAUGGACACCUCAGGGAUGCAGAUACAAAUACUACAGUAUGCCACCUCCAGUUGUCAUGACGUUUCUAAACAGAAGAACAAUCGUAAAGACUUGUUGUCCACUUGUAAAUGUCACCAGUUACUGUUGCCACUGCGGCAUGUACAGAUGCUCUUUAGAAACUAAUUUAAGUCCUUUGAUGUUUCGCAUAAAUGCUAACUGUAAUGCUAUUAUCGACGCUUUCCAUUUAAAUGUUUGUAUUCUAUGUUCUCGCUCUCAUUAGCUUGGGAGUCUUACCUCAGUAGUUGUAAUUGAAUGAGGUUUUAGUUGGACAUUUCUUAUGCAAAUUAACAAAAUGGUGUAUAAUGAAGUAAAAAGGCGUUUAUACUUCUUCUCAAGUACUUAAUAAUAUAUAAUCAUAACCUCUACGAUGAAAAUAAUAAUGUAACUAUAACUGUAUGCUGAUUUAGGUUUGUGAAAGAAAAUAAUUUAAAAUAAAGUUCAAUUUUUAUAUUAA